AUGGUGGUGCCUUCAACAGAACUAUUGGAGGAGGAGCAUCACGCGGCAAGUGGGCCGUGCGCUGCUGGCACCGCUGGUGGCUGCCUGGGGCGCUCGCUCGCUCUAGUUCGGAAGAAGCCUCGUGCUGCAGCAGCUACAGCCGCAGCGCACGGCCAUCGCCCUUCAGAACACAGCAUGGCCAGCCAACCGGGAGUAGCCGAGGCCGUUUCCUCCCAGGACUGUAAUUAUGAAUGCUCUAAAGGAUGUAGUGGGAGAGGAGAAUUAGGGCAAAUGGCAGAGACUUUUAAGGCUAAAGAUAUAAUCAUCACACCAGCCACCAUUUUAAAAGAAAAACCAGACCCAAAUAAUCUUGUAUUUGGGUCUGUUUUCACGGAUCACAUGCUGACAGUGGAAUGGUCUUUGAAUUUUGGGUGGGAAAAGCCUCAUAUUAAGCCUUUUGAGAACCUGUCAUUACAUCCUGGCUCAUCAGCCCUUCACUAUGCAGUGGAAUUGUUUGAAGGAAUGAAGGCAUACCGAGGAGUAGAUAAAAAAAUUCGUCUGUUUCGACCAGACCUCAACAUGGACAGGAUGCUUCGAUCUGCAGCAAGGAUAACUUUGCCUGAAUUUGACAAGAAAGAACUUUUAAAAUGCAUACAAGAACUCGUGAGAUUGGAACAGGAAUGGGUUCCAUACUCAACAUCAGCAAGCCUCUAUGUUCGCCCCACCUUUAUUGCAACUGAGCCUUCCCUUGGAGUAAAGAAGCCAACAAAAGCCCUACUUUUUGUAAUUCUGAGUCCUGUGGGACCUUACUUUUCAAGUGGAAGCUUUAAACCAGUAUCUCUGUGGGCCAAUCCAAAGUACAUAAGAGCCUGGAAGGGUGGAACUGGGAACUACAAAAUAGGAAGCAAUUAUGGUCCCUCCAUUUUUGCCCAAAAUGAAGCAUCGAAUCAUGGAUGUCAGCAAGUUCUUUGGCUUUAUGGAGAAGAUCAUCAGAUAACUGAAGUGGGAACCAUGAACCUUUUCCUAUACUGGAUAAAUGAAAAUGGAGAAGAUGAACUAGCAACUCCACCACUAGAUGGUACCAUUCUUCCAGGAGUGACAAGGCAAAGUAUACUGGAUCUGGCACACAAAUGGGAUGAAUUUAAAGUAACUGAGAGGUACCUCACUAUGAAUGACUUAAUCAUUGCUCUGAGAGAAAACAGAGUAAAAGAGAUGUUUGGCUGUGGUACAGCUUGUGUUGUUUGCCCGGUUUCUGAUGUACUAUACAAGGGUGAGAAUAUUCAUCUUCCUACUAUGGAGAAUGGUCCUAAGCUUGCCACCCGUGUUUUAAAUCAACUUACUGACAUCCAGUAUGGAAGAGAAGAGAGCGAUUGGACAAUCUUGGUGUCUUGAAUGGAAACACAGGCAACAUCAUCUAUACAUUAUUGGGACGAGCCAUUGUGUUUGAAUUGUGAUAGAUUUGUUAGGCUGCCAUUUAGAGCUGUGUGUAAUGUAUUUUCUACUAUCAUUGUGUUCCUGGAGGUGAUUGUCUCCAUGUGCCAGAGAAUAGAAAUAACAAUCAUGUUAUUUUCUUCAGUAAGCUUGCUAGUAGAAGCUUGCCUUCUUGUAGUAAGGAGCGAAGGUGAAGCCAUAUAAUAUAGAAUUUUCCUCACAACUUCUAGUGCCUCCUUUAGUGGCCUUGUCUUUACCCAUGAUUUAGAAUGGAAUAUGCUCUUCUUCCUUUCUCUCCUUGG